AUGAGUGAUCAACGUUCGGCUCAGGGGGAUGUCAAUGCCAUGUUCCACUCAAUCGUUGAAGAACUAGAAAAGGAUCGCGUAUUGCGGGAGGCAUUGUACGAUACAGCGCGUGAAUUGGAGAAUAUAAAUCGUGAAAUGCUGACAAUUCUGCAGAAUACGCAUUCAACGCCUGACAAACCAGAAAUUGAUCUGUACAGGUUCCAUGAGAUAUAUCGCUCUGCAAUUCAACGCCUUUCAUUUGUUCUUCUGUUUGCGGGUUUUUUGGACAAAGGUGAACUCAUGGAUCGUAGGAGCGUGGCGCAAACACUUGGAUUGAAGGUAGAUCCAAAUGAAGGAUUCCACUUGGAGCUUGAAGAUUAUUUGUUUGGAGUGCUGAAUCUGGCUAGUGAAUUGGCACGUUAUGCAGUCAAUGCAGUCGUAAAAGGCGAUAAUGCUCGUCCGUUCCAGAUAGCGGCAUUCGUGAAGAAUGUUGACGAAAUGUUCCGUUUGUUGAACUUGAAGAAUGAUGCCUUAAGACGACGUUUCGACGUUCUCAAAUAUGAUGUGCAAAAAUGCGAGCAAGUGGUUUAUGACCUAGCGAUUCGCGGACUCAAGCCGACUGUCGAGACCUCUGAGUAUGCACCGACGCAACAGUCAUCUCAACCGAUUGGUAGCGUCGAACAACGGCCUAAAGGAUUCAUUAAAGCCGAAAAAGAUAUUCAAAGUGGCGAUUGA